AUGUCCGAUAUCAAAAAAUCUACUGAUAUUCAGCACACCAUCAGCAUUGCUGGCGGUGAAUUUGCUGAUGCCGAAAAUGUUCUCUCCACCGUUAUUUCUCCAAAUGGUCAAGAGAUUCAAAUCAACUUCAACGAUGUCGAUGAGGCCAUGAAAUAUGCCGACGACGCUGCCGGAAUUGAAAUCCCUCCUCAAGAAGAGAAAAAGCUCCUUCGCAAGAUCGAUUGCGCAUUACUCCCAAUUAUUGCCGGUUUGAUGAGUUGUAAUUUAAUGGAUAAGACCACCAGUUCUUACGCCGCCUUGAUGGGGUUGAAAACCGACUUGAACAUGACCGCCAAGGACUACACCUGGGUUGGGUCAUCUUUCUACUUGGGUUACUUGGUGUUCCAAUACCCUUCAACUAUUUGCUUGCAAAAAUUCCCACUUUCCAAGGCCUUGGGUACUAUUGUCGUCCUUUGGGGUGCCAUCUUGAUGCUUCACGCUGCCACUAGCAAUGCCGCUGGUUUCAUUGCUUUAAGAGUUAUCCUUGGUGCUUUUGAAUCCGCUAUGAGUCCAGCUUACAUUCUUCUUACUUCUCAAUGGUGGAAAAAAGAAGAACAAUUCAUGAGAUCUUGUAUUUGGGUCGGUAUCCAAGGUCUUGGUACUCUUCUCGGGGCCGGUAUUUCUUAUGGUUUGUACACCCACAGAGGGGUCACUGGUCAUGCAUUUGAAUCUUGGAGAUUACUUUAUAUUAUUACCGGUGUGAUCACCAUUGUUCUUGGUUUUAUUUCCUUGAUUCACGUCCCAGAUAUUCCAACCAAGGCUUGGUUCUUGAACUCUACUGAAAAGAAAUACGUUGUUGCAAGAAUUAGAAACAACCAACAAGGUUUCGGUAACCACCACUUGAAGAUGAAACAAGUCAAAGAAGCAUUCAGCGAUGUUGCUUCUUAUAUUUUGUUUUUCUACGGUAUGAGUUAUGCUAUUCCAAACGGUAGUUUCACCAACUUUGGUACCAUUUUGCUUCAUCAAGAUUUCGGUUUCACUUCUGCCCAAUCUUUGCUUAUGAGUUUUGUCGGCGGUGGUAUUGAUGUUAUCUUCCCACCACUUGUCGCUCUUAUUUGUGGCAGAUUCCUCGGUAACAGAAGAUUGCUUGCCGCUAUCAUUGUCAACUCUAUUGUGUUUGUUGGUAUGUGUCUUCUUAACUUCACUCACCACAAGGGUUCUAAAUUGGCUGGUUACUUUACUUUCUACAUGGCCACUGCUGUUUUGGCUUGUGUGGCUAGUGUCGUUAGUUCUAAUGUUGCUGGUUCCUCUAAAAAGACCACUGUUACUACAAUUUAUUUUAUUGGUUAUGCUGUUGGUAACAUUAUUGGUCCUCAAACUUUCACCACCGCUCCAUAUAACGGUGCUAAGAUCGCCAUGUUGGUGUCCUUUGCCGUUGGUACUGGUUGUUUGACUUCAUUGUAUUGUAUCUACAUGAAAAGAAAUAACCAACGUGAUGCUCACAAGCUCGCAAUGGGUGAUAAAUAUGAAGUCCCUGAAAACAUUGAAUUCACCGAUUUGACCGAUAAAGAAAAUCCAGAAUUCAGAUACAGUUUGUGA